UGGAGUGAGUAAAACUGCUUGUAACCUCUAAAGUGAGAAGAUAAGACAAGAGCGACAAGGAACACAAAUCACAUUGAACAGGAAGUCAGAAGCAAUUUUAAAAAUUCAAAUAUUAAAAAAUGAAAUCCUUAUUGUUAAUUUUGAUAUCGAUAAUUACUCCGAUAUUUGGCUUACUUCAUCGAUGUCCUCACACAAAACAUUUUCCCGAAACACGACUAAAGCAACAAAUAAGUUAUUUUAAUAGCUGUGUUUGUGAAAAACAUCAAAAUAGCAGCGUUAAUAUAAUUUGUCAAGGCUUUAAGAACGAAGAGGAAUUUAAAACGGCAUUAAAUUUUCUUCGUGAAUUCUUCGUGGACGAAUUUAGAAUCAGAAGUUCGAGUUUUCAUUUGCCGACCGGAAUAUUUAAAGGAUCACACAUUCAGAAGAUAAUAUUUGAAGACGUCCGUUUUGAAACACUCGUUCUGUUUUCAUCAUUUAAAGGUUUAGAGUUUGAAUUAGAAGAAUUGCAGUUUAUAAGAUGUAGAAUUAAUCAUGUUAUUUGGCAAAAGGGUAACCAGUUAAAAUUUUUGAAAAUAUUAAAAUUUGAAAAAACAAAUUUACCAACAGAAAUGAGUAACGCCAUAUUCAAAAACUUUCCUUCAAAAAUACGAAAUUUGAAGAUGACAAAUUGUAAUAUUAUCCACUUGGGAAAUCAAGCAUUGACAAAAUUCUCUCUAAUAGAAACAAUAGAACUCGAUGAAAAUCAAUUAACGAAAAUUUCUCGAUCUAUGUUUCCCUCACAAGCUAGAAAAUUAAGAUAUCUCUCUUUGGCGAGUAAUCCAAUCACCCAACUUCCAGAAGAUUUAUUCCAAAAUAUGGACCGAUUAGAAUUUCUUCUGCUUUCCGGCAUUAGAGUUUCUUCUUUGUCUAACAAUACAUUUUUCCCUGUUUGGAAUCAACUAGAAGAAAUUUAUAUGAACAACAUUAAAAUCAAUUGUGAUUGCAAUAUUUUAUGGAUGUUAGAGAAGAAUGAUGCAGCUAUAGUAAAGAAGCCCUAUUGUAUAAAUUAUAACAUAGGGUUAAUUGAUAUCAGAAACGGCGAAGAAAUUUGUCCAAGAAGAAGAAACAAAAUAAAUAAAUGAUAUCUUGUGAGAAAUCACCUAUAUAUUCAAUCAGUGUUAAUUUUAUCUCAAUUAAUCAAUGUUAAUAUUUUAUCAUUACUGUUGGCUGUAUAACUAUAAUUAUAACUUAAUACUUUGUAUUUUAUAUACAGAUACUAUGUAUUUGUAACUAGUAUAUAAUAAAAUGUACUAGAAAACAAAUAACUAUAGUUACAUAAAAUGAAAAUCCACUUUUCGAGUUAUGAUGUUGGGCCUCAUCUGGCCUGUGGGCCGUUUUAGUGCCCACAGGGCAGAAAGAUUCAAAAUAAAUAAUAAAUAAAGAAAUUAGUCCUUUUGGUGAGAAUUUUUAAGAUCGAAGCUGCAUAUAAAACUGAAAAACGAACAAAGCAAGCAGUUGCUUUGUUCUUGGAUUGCCUCUCCGUGUCGGCUAGUGCAAGGAUCUCCUCUUUUGUGCCUUACAAAUGCGCUUCUUUCUUUCCGGUUCCUCCUCAAUUCUAUCGCUAUAUGAUAAAGUCGCGCUAUGUCCUAGUUUUGAAAAUAAGAAAUAGUAAUCUUUUUAUACAUUUUAUUUUAUACAUUUAAUAGAAAUCUUUUUAUACAUUUUAUUUAUUAAUAAAGUGUCAUUAGCAAGGAUUUUGCAGUGCUAAUUAAAAUUAAAGUCAGCAUCU